UAGAAAUCAUGUUUCCCUCAUCCAAGUCAACAGCCCGGAUAUUUUUGCUUCAUUGCACUGUUUUCACCACACAGUCACCAGUCACUCCUCGUGGGACUGAAGACAAGCACACCUGUGAGGCAGGGGAUUACGCAAAAGAGAAGCAUGCCGUGCAGCGGGGUAAAGUCCUUUCUGGUGAGUCUGUCUCGGACAAAGCCUCUGGAGCCCGAGGGGGAGCAGUCCACGUUUAACCGAUGCCUGACCACUCUGGACCUGGUGGCCCUUGGUGUGGGCAGCACUCUGGGUGCUGGGGUCUACGUCCUGUCUGGGGAGGUGGCCAGAGACACUGCUGGACCCAGCAUCAUCAUCUCCUUCUUCAUCGCCGCCCUGGCAUCCAUAUUCGCUGGGUUGUGCUAUGCAGAGUUUGGGUCCCGGGUUCCCAAAACAGGCUCAGCAUACCUUUACAGCUAUGUGACUGUUGGAGAGCUACUGGCUUUUAUCACUGGGUGGAAUCUGUUACUCUCCUACAUCAUAGGGACAUCCAGUGUUGCACUGGCAUGGAGUGGGACAUUUGAUGACCUUAUAGGGGGCGUCAUAUCGAAAUACUUCGAAGAACAUGCAGCCAUGGGCCUCCCUGGCCUGGCACCUUACCCAGAUGUCUUUGCUGCUGUUCUCGUCUUGCUACUGUCAGGUGUGCUGGCAUUUGGAGUGAAAGAGUCAACAACAAUCAACAAGAUCUUCACAGCGAUCAACAUCCUGGUGCUGCUGUUUGUGAUCAUCUCAGGAUUCAUCAAGGGUGACAUCGCCAACUGGCAAAUCAGUGAAGAGGCUCUAAUAAAUGCCACAGCAGAACUCAAAAACUUGAGCUCUACUGCCAAUCUGACAAGUGUGUAUGGAGUGGGUGGAUUUUUCCCCUAUGGCAUUAAUGGAACAGUAGCCGGAGCUGCAACAUGUUUCUACGCUUUUGUUGGAUUUGACUGCAUCGCUACAACAGGUGAGGAGGUGAAGAACCCCCAGAAGUCUGUUCCUCUGGGCAUUGUGGCCUCACUGCUUAUCUGUUUCCUGGCCUACUUUGCUGUGUCUGCUGCUCUCACCCUGAUGAUGCCCUACUACAUGCUCAGUGAAAAAAGCCCCCUGCCAGUGGCCUUUGAAUAUGUCGGCUGGGGUCCCGCCAAAUACGCCGUGGCUGUGGGAUCGCUGUGUGCCCUGUCCACCAGCCUGCUGGGUUCAAUGUUCCCAAUGCCCCGGGUGCUGUUCGCCAUGGCAAGAGACGGCCUGCUUUUCCAACCCCUGAGCAAAGUCACCUCCAAGGGCAGUCCUGCUAUAGCUACCAUAUCGUCUGGAAUUGUGGCAGCCAUCAUGGCUCUGCUGUUUGACCUGGAAGCCUUGGUGGAAAUGAUGUCCAUCGGCACUCUGUUUGCUUACACACUCGUGGCCAUAUGCAUCUUAAUACUGAGGUACCAAGUAGGUCCAUCUGAAGACACAGACCUGCAGGUCAUAGAAUCAAACACCAAGUUCGGUUUCCUGAAGCCUCCAUCAUCUCCCAGUCCAUACACCUCAAAGACAGUCACAAUGUUGACAUUAAUCUCUGUUGCAUGCGUGGUUGCACUGUGUGUCACCCUGACCAAAGCCAUAGAUGCUCUGGCCCGUAUGGAAGCAUGGUGUGUGCUGAUUGUCUCCAUCCUCGCAUUCAUACUGCUGCUCAUCGUUUUCCUCAUCUGGAGGCACCCACAAAAUGCCACCAAGGCAUCUUUCAUGGUGCCCUUACUCCCUGCUUUGCCUUUAGUGAGUACUCUCAUCAACGUCUACCUGAUGGUCCAGUUAGGAGGAGACACAUGGAUACGAUACGCUAUUUGGAUGUUAGUGGGGUUACUCAUCUAUUUUGGCUACGGUGUGCGUAACAGUGUUCAGAGGAAGCGUCUCAUGGCCGGCCAGAUGAGGAUUGAAACUGUCAGCGGCAAAACAGACAAGGACGUCAUUAAGGAAGAAAAAUUCUGAGCUGGGCUGGAGCGGAGAGAACUAGAUUGAGAUGUUACAGUGAGUAACUGCUUUAAGUGUGUAACUACUGUUUUACAUGCACAGGUACUGAUCUGUUUCUGCAGUGUUCAACAUCUGACAGGUGUACAGUGUUGAAACACAGAGAAAUGGACGGCUGGGCCAACUUGUUAACUUUUAUUCCACACUGACACUUUUUUACAUGUUGAUCGAGUUUGUAAUUUAUCUAAAUAUUGUCAUUGUCAACAUUGAAAUGAUGCCUGACAUAUUUUUGGACCUGUAUAUGUUACCUGUAUCUAUGUAGUUCACACCUGUGUUUUCUGUUGAUAAUUACUAUUUUAUUACACUUAAAUAACCAAUAAUCAAUUGUAAAAUGUAGAUAUUUUCUGUUUUAAUUAAAAUUUUAAUUUUGUUUACAUGUCAAAAUAGAGUUAGACUGUACAAAAGUAUGUACAAUGUAGAUACAGAAGAUCUUGUGAAUGUCAUGUUUAGCUUGUACUUAGCCUGUUUUAAGAUUUACUUUAUUAAUUGUUGCUUCAAAGUGUAAAUAUGGAAACUGUUUUCUAAUUUUAUAUAUUUUAAAUGUAUUCCUUAAUAAAAAAAUUUAAAAAAAGA